UCACUUCAGUUCCACGACAGCGAAGCCGGCCGAUCGCACCCUUGACGGGAGCUCCACCUGCACGGCGCAAUCGUUCUCGCUUUGUCUACCUGCCAUUCCCGCACUUUCAUGAUUUCAUCUGAUACUCUCUACACCGCCAGCCUGCUCUGGGAACUCAAGUAUGAUGAGUCGCCGUGCAGAUCCUCCUCCUCAUCACUCCCCAUCGUAGUAAUCCGUCGUCCUCACCAGCUCCAGAAUCUGGUACCGAGAGUGUCGGUGGGGUUUGGGAGCACCUGAGUCAAGUCAAUUCGAGAGGUGGGGGCAACGGAGCUCCAGGUUGCUCUGUAAGAUGGGAAAAUGACACUGGGAAAUGGUUUUUGGUGUUUAGUGUGUGUCGAUGGUCUAAAAUGGCGACGAUCUGAGUUGGGUAGGGGUUACAGAUGUGAGAAUCUGUACUUGGAGGUGGUUUGAGGUGGUUGGAGUGCGAUGUGCAGGGUGUCGACUGUGGGUUAGUCUUUCCUGGCGGUUUUAGCGGUAUGUGAGUGUGCGAGGAUUUUUAGAGAAAAAAAAAGGUUUUAGCGAAUUGGCGAGAAGAACUUUCAGGUGAAGAGUAGGUGCGCUCACAUGGUUUGUAGCGGGAGAUACGAGGUAUAAGUGCCUACGAUCAGGUUGGACGUGACGAAGCAUCCGGAGACACGUUUUACUGGUGGCGAAUGCGGGGAGUGUGCGUCGCAGAGAGGGGGGAGGGAGGCUUUUCAGCUUCUAGAGGAUCUUGAACAAAGAUACCUGCAUAUCAGAGGACAUGAGUAUAUGAGCGGUUUUCGUAGAAGCCUCAUGUAAAGACCAUCAACGAGAAGGAGUAUUAUGGUCAAUUGCAGUUACGGUCGCCUUACAAAGGAAUUUUCGUCCUAUUUGGGCGUUCGUUCAUGAGAAUCAAGCUGCAUGCUAUCCUCUAGGGGAGUAUGUGGAUGGCAUGUCCUUGUGGUGGCUGCAGAAAGAUGGGGAAGAAAGAUAAAUGGCUUACGUCUGUUAAAAAUGCUUUCAAGUCCCCAAUCAAGAAUGGAGAUUGUGAAGAAUCUGAGGCCAAAGAUCUGGAUCUUUUUGGUGACAUACGUCCUCUGGCAGUGCUUCCGGAAAAGCCAAAGCACAAAGUGCGACGGUGGAGCUUCGGCAAGUUAGCCCUUUCAGAACACAAGGAAACCGAGAAAAAGGAGCCUGAUGUCAAUCAAAGAGAAACGUCUGUUCAAUCCAAUAGCAAAUUUACGAUGUACAUGUACCCAUCCCAAGAAGAAUGGGCAGCUGUGGUUAUCCAAACUGCUUUUCGAGGUUAUCUGGCAAGGAAAACUUUACGUGCUCUAAGGGGUUUGGUCAGACUUCAGGAAUUUGUUCGAGGUCACAGAGUGAUCCGGCAGGCAAAUACUACCAUGAGAAGUAUGCAAGCCCUUGCUCGCGUUCAGGGUAGAAUUAGAGCUCAUCGAUUUCGUAUGUCGGAGGAUGGCCUGACUGUUCAGCAUCAGAUCUGGCAGCGGGACCAGCCAGCAUCCAGAAAAAGCUCGGAAUGGUUGACCGAAGCGGGCUGGAACGAUAGCAACUUAAGCGCGCAACAGAUAGAGGCCAAAGUGCAGGAGAGACAAGUAGCGGCGCUCAAAAGGGAACGAGCUUUGGCCUAUGCAAGGACACAGCAGCACCUCCGACGCGUAGCACCAAAGCAAGUCCUGCCACUCUUCAUCGAAUGCGAACCAGACAAGCCCCACUGGGGUUGGAGCUACAUGGAGCGAUGGACAGCAGCACGGCCAUGGGAGAGUCGCAUCUUUGAGACUCCUUCAGCUUUCAAGGACAUCCACGAUGGUCAAGUAUCCAAGAGUGUUGACGUGAAUGCUACAAGGAAGGAUCCCAAGCGUACGACUCCCAAGCCUGGGGCUCCUCAAGUCCGUGCUAGCUGCGGCGAUUUAGUGAACACACACCUCAAAGCUCACUCCGGUGCGCUUCGAACCUCACAGGUGCUCAACAGCCACGGAAUGCCUAUCAAGUCCAAGUCUCGAGCUGCAAGUCCCAGAAGCAGAGGCAGCAGCGAUCGUCACGACGACCUGGAAGAAUCCGGGAGUGAGAUAUCAGGCACAGGUCGAACCACGACGAACAUUCUGACAGACCCCAAGUAUGGUACGCGUUAUAGCAACACGGGCCCUGUUCGGAAUGGUGUCAUCGUCGACACGGAGGCGAAGAGUCCUCCCAUUGUUGCAGGCCACUUGCAACAAACGCUCAGUGUGAAAAACAAGGCCCGAGCUCGGAGCCAGCCCAAAGCAAGGCCGACUCCACCGGGUGCGUUGAAGACACCAGCCACCAUGAAGCGUCUGACUUAUCCCAAAGCGGAGGAAUCACGGAACCUCAAAUUCUCUGGACAAUUGGAUCCCAGGCCUCUGAAAACCUCCACAACACCCACUCGGCCCUUGAGCGGGGUUCUUCUUUCAGGCCCUCACCAGUAUAUGUAGUUCUGUUCAGAUCUGAAUAUUGACCCAAUGAGAAUUUCUCUAUUUGAGUUUUUAUUUAUUUUAUUUAUUUCAAAGUUUUCAGUGGUGGAGUUGAGCACUUCAGUUGUUUGCUUCUAGCUAAGCUGGCGUCGGAAAUGAGCGUGCGUCGAAGUGAUACGUGAGAGGUUAUGUUAGGCAGUAUUCCAUCAUUUCCUUGUGUUUUUUCAAUACAAUUAUUUGUAUAACCCCCAGCUGGUUUCUGGGGCUAUGGUUCAGUAAAUUGUACAUUAUAUAGCCUUCGCUAUCUUCUUCUACUAA